AUGCGAUCAAUAAGAAAUAUAUUCUCAAUCGGUGUCGUUUGUAUAUUCACUGUUGUGUGCCUAUAUUUAUACCGUAGCCUUGAUAAUCGUACGAUUCCCAGCGAUGCUUCACGGCAAGAGAAGAGAGUGUCAUCCUUGUUUUCCGACAUGGAACGGCUUCGAAAUGUAUUAAAAAGUAAUCGUGCGGAGAUUGCUAAACUAAAGCAGCAACUGGCCGAUGUUGAGCUUAAGCGAAAGCAGGAAUGGGACAAACAAGUCGAGAAGGAAAACGAGGUAUAUGAUGAGAAGGCUCAAGCAGAGAAAGCACUAGAGGAGAAAGUUGUUCAGAUUGCUGGCGAUGCCAAUCAUAAAGCAGUUGAGGAAGAACAGAAGGGGGUUAUUCCGGAGCCAAAUCGAGGAAACAAGGUCGCGGUUGUCUUUGACGAGCUCCAUAAAAGCGUUACCAAAUCAUCGGUACCAGUUUGUCAACUGCGAGCAAAUUACUCGAACUCAAAUGCUGAUGUUCAGAUGUUAGAUCUGUACGAUGUGCUCUCGUUUGACAAUCCCGAUGGUGGCGCAUGGAAGCAAGGUUGGGAGGUAACCUACGACAAAGGAAAAGUUGCAGAGGAAAAAACGCUACAAGUCAUAGUACUACCUCAUUCUCACUGUGAUCCAGGCUGGAUUAAAACAUUUGAGGAGUACUAUCAUUCUCAAACACGUGACAUCUUGGAUGGCAUGGUGAAGCAUUUGGGCGAGGAGCAGCAGAAGGAUAUGAGGUUCAUAUACGCGGAAAUUUCUUUCAUGGAAAUGUGGUGGAGAGAUCAAAGCGAUGAUGUCAGGAAGAAAGUUACACAACUGUUGAAAGAUGGCCAACUAGAAAUCGUGACCGGUGGCUGGGUGAUGACGGAUGAAGCGAACGCGCAUUAUUUCUCCAUAAUUGCCGAGUUAAUCGAAGGACAUGAAUGGAUAAGAAAUCACAUCGGUCAAGAUUUCACUCCAACAACUCACUGGUCGAUCGAUCCAUUCGGUUUAUCACCAUCGAUACCGUAUCUUCUCUCAGCGGCAAAUAUCACUAAUGCAGCCAUACAAAGAGUUCAUUAUUCUGUGAAGAAGCAUCUUGCUAGAAAUAAGCAGCUUGAAUUUAUGUGGCGUCAGCUUUGGGGUUCUCACGGAAAGGCUGAUAUUCGUACACACGUGUUCCCAUUUUACUCAUACGAUGUGCCUCACACAUGUGGACCUGAGCCGGCUAUUUGCUGUCAAUUCGACUUCAAACGAUUGAAGGGAUUAACUUGUCCAUGGGGUACUCAACCUGAGAUAAUCACAGAAGAAAACGUCGAAAAUCGGGCUUUCAAAAUUUAUGAUCAGUACAGGAAGAAAAGUCAACUCUAUAAAACAAAUGUUCUGUUAGUACCGUUAGGUGAUGAUUUUAGGUAUUUUGAUCCAAUGAGGAAUGGGAAGAUCAGUACACAAACUAUGUGA